CAUCUUUCUCCAUCUCCAACAAUCUCUCUUCAUGUAUCUUCGCCAAUUCUGUCUUCUUCUCGUUUAUCGAUUUGCUUUGCUUAUUCCUUGCUGCAGCUUCUUUAGAUUAGCAUUUUUGAGCGAAGUAAAUAAGUUGGAGAAGAUUUCUUACGAGAACAAAAUCUAACUUCCUGAGAAUUCGUGUCGUGUAUCGGAGAAGAUAAUGUCGCAUUCUAGAAAACCCUCGCAUGACGCUGCCUUUGAUUCUCUAACCAGCCGAUUCCGUGACUCAGUGAGUUGUUACGAAGACAGUAAUAAGCCUGACUUCAAAGAGCUCGAUCUAGGUUCGCCUGUUUCACCAUUGACUUCUCGUGGUUUAAUCAACAACACCAAUCAUGUUCCCUCCAACUCCAGCAGUAGCGCAAGCUCUUCUGGCUCAGUCUCCGGCAAAGCAACCAGUACUCCGCAAUUGCCUAAACGACUCGAAAACGGAGCAAAAAGCUACUCCGCGGAGUUCUCGGGUUUGUCCGAGAUCAGCCCGCCCGCCCACGGAUCCGUCCCAACGAUCCGGAACGCGAAACCGGGUCACCGAAGAUCCGUCUCUGCCGGACCUCCAUUGAUCUACUCCGGUUCGAGUUUUACUACCACCGGUAACGUCAGUCACGGCAAUGGUGCAACCUCGGUUUCGUCGCAUCCGAACCCGAACGUGCUCCCUAGCGGCAACAUUUGCCCCUCCGGGAAAAUUCUCAAAACUGGGAUGGCUGCUCGUGUUUCCAACAGAACCGACACCCUUUGUAUGGGCACAGGGAAUUACGGGCAUGGAAAUAUUGUUCGUGGUAAUGGAAAGUUGGGUGGGGCAGGAAAUGCAGUGGAAGGAAAUAUGCAGAAAGUAACAGGUAGCACCAUUGAUGCAGAGGAAGUGAAAAGGGCAGGCAAUGAGAUGUAUAGGAAGGGGAAUUUUAUGGAGGCUUUAGCGUUAUAUGAUAAGGCCAUCUCGAUAUCGCCGGAAAAUGCUGCCUACCGGAGUAACCGGGCGGCCACGUUGACAGCAUUAGGUAGAAUAGCUGAGGCUGUACGGGAGUGUGAGGAGGCUGUGAGGCUGGACCCUGGCUAUACAAGGGCUAAUCAGCGUUUGGUUUCUCUCUACCUUAGGUUAGGGCAGGCUGAAAAUGUGCGGCGCCAUCUCUUUUCUCCUGGGCAACAACCUAAUUCUGCUGAGUUGCAGAAGCUGCUGGGACUAGAGAAGCAUCUUACUCGAUGUGCAGAUGCUCGAAAAAUAGGUGAUUGGAAGAAUGCAAUUAGGGAAGCUGAUGCAGCAAUAGCAGUUGGUGCAGACUUCUCUCCGCAGCUUGUUGCUUGUAAAGGAGAAGCCUUUUUGAAGCUCCAUCAAAUUGAGGAUGCAGAUUCUUGUCUGUCUAACAUUCCUAAAUUGGAGUACGAUCCUCCCUCACAGAUCAAGUUCUUUGGUAUGGUUGCUGAAGCUUAUGUGCUCUAUGUCCAAGCCCAAAUGGAGAUGGCAUUGGGAAGAUUUGAGAAUGCAGUUUCCAAGGCAGAGAAGGCAGGGUUAUUCGACCACAGCAAUCUAGAGGUUGCAACCCUUUUGAGCAAUGUGAAAAUGGUGGCAAAGGCUCGUGUCCGUGGUAAUGACCUUUUCAGCUCUGGGAGAUAUUCGGAGGCCUGCAUGGCUUAUGGGGAGGGUCUUAGAUAUGAUCAUUUCAACUCUGUUCUGUAUUGCAAUAGAGCAGUUUGUUGGUCCAAGCUUGGGCUGUGGGAAAAGUCUGUGGACGAUUGCAACCAAGCGCUUAAAAUCCAACCAAAUUAUACGAAGGCCCUCCUUAGACGGGCUGUUUCUAAUGAAAAGCUUGGACGGUGGACAGAAGCCGUGAGAGAUUAUGAGGUCUUGACAAAGGAGCUUCCUGGAGACAAGGAGGUUGCUGAAUCUUUCCGACGUGCACAAAUCGCGCUGAACAUCUCUCGUGAAGAGGAGGUUCUUAAUAUAGAAUCUAAUAAUGAAGUGGAAGAUGUCUCUAGCAUGGAUAGAUUUAAAGCUGCAAUAUCAAGGCCAGGUGUAUCUGUAGUUUACUUUAAGGUGGCAUCAAAUGAACAAUGUGAAGUAUCCCCGUUCAUUAAUAUGCUCUGUGUUCGAUAUCCAUCUGUUCAUUUUUUUAAGGUUGAUUUGGAGGAGAGCUUAGCAGUAGCUAGAGCUGAGAAUAUAAGAAAAGUUCCAACAUUUAAGAUCUACAAGAACGGACACAAAGUGAAGGAGAUGGUCCACCCAACCUAUCAGUUGUUGGAGGAAUCUGUCAGGAGCUGCAGUCUAUAGAACAUAUCCUCGUGCAUCUUCUCAGUUCAAGCUGUACACAGUAAAGUUGAUGGUAAUUGCCCACAUUAUUCAUUCUUGCUUCUUGAUUCAUCGCCAAGUCUACCUGUGACAUAAUAAUUGUUUCAUACAGUUAUAAGGCAGAGAAACCCUAGAAAAGAAAAUAGCUUUUAUAGUUCCCAGUUGAGGGAUUAUAUAUAUUUUUUAUUUACAUAUGCUAUCCGGUUUAUUCUUGAUAUUACAACUGCAAUAGUUCAUUUUUUGUUCUCGGAAA